GACAGCGAGAAGGUGUUGCAGGAAUUACCAGUUACCCUAUCCACGGGAAUUCCUUUGAGUGUUACCGGUAGCCGGCCUAGAGUAGAGCGUACCCACCGUACACACUUUCGCGAUUCCGGAAAAAAUUCGAACCAAAAAGUCGCAAAAUGAAGGUUGUCAUCGUCCUUGGGUUUUUCAUCAUGGUUGUGGGAGUCUCAUACGCUCAGUCAUGGAUGGAAGAAGCCGACGAUGAAUUUGAACCAGAGGAAAACUCCUACGUUGACAGUUAUGAUAUGGAUAAAAGGGAAAUGCUUUUGAAAGUACCCAAGUGUAUGUUCAACACUAUGCCAUGUGUAGCCAACAGCCGGAGACGCUUCGCCAGAUGUUGCCGUGGACUCACCUGCAGGUGCAACUUUUUCGGCACUAACUGCCGCUGCGUCCGGAAGAUGACGAGCUGAGUGGUGUGCGCAUGUCACAGGCAGUGCACAUCGUUUCCAGCCGACUCUUGUGGAGUAACCGCUUUGUACUGAAUAUUGUGUUGUUUAGACUGGCUUGUCUGGUGAUAUGAGUUGAUGAAUGAGUGUGUGAAAAUAAAAUCCGUAGAUGUUUUCACACGGCCUUGUUUCAUUUGAAUUUUAUUUUAUUUUAUUGCCCUAUAUCUGGAGCUAUGGCUUCUGUCAAUUAUCAGUGUAGGUGGUUCUGUUUAAAAUGAAGACAACUCACCUCGCUCCGAACCCCUCCCAUCAACAGCAACCACAAGAAGAGGAGGCAUGAAUGUGGAAGGGUCGCUGUAUUUUCCUCGUGGAUAUCCGCUUUUCUCUUCUCUCGAUCAUCGCAAAGAUGAGGUAUACAGCUUAAGGAACCACUUGUCUCUGACUGCAAUCUGACUGUCACCCUUUGUAUUGUUAUAUCCAAACGAUGGAAAAAAAUUUAGGGUGGUUUUCAGAGAACAUAUAAUUUUCCUAUUCAGAAUUGUGAAUAUUGGUCUUUGUUUUUGUUUGUAAAUAUUACAAGGCCACUUCAAUAACUCUUUUCAGAGAAGUUUUCCCUCCAUAAAUGUACUCCACAUACAUUGAAGCAUUACGCAAUGAAGUGAUCUAAGGAAGAAAGGUUUUCAUACGGAGUGCAAUGUAAGUGGCCUGUAGACCCGAUUUCACACUGAUAUCGUAAGAGAAGCGAGAUCUCACAUAGCUGCAUGACGAACCACGUGACCUCGCUAACUCUCACCAGCGAACAGAAGCGAGCAGACGUUGGAGUUUAUGCCAGCAGUUGAAAAUGUUAUCUUAUUAUUUGGAACCAAAUUACAAUAAUCGAAUUGUUGGUAACUGUUCAGGCUUGUGGUCCCAUUCCGAUUUUAGAUUAUCAUACUAAGUGGACAUGGAGCUAACCGAUAGAUUCAGGUUCGACCAAACGUCCCACCAGUGCCAACAUCGCGUGUACGAACGCCAGCUGUUAUCGACGUGGGGCAAAUCAUUUAAAGCUCUGACAUUAUUUGCAGAGCUUGCAUUAGAUACAUGCUCGAUUAUUCCGUUCAGAACUCCAGCUUAUAUCUUCGAAGAUCUGACAUGUAAAUGAGAUUAACUAACAAAUAGAUUACAGAAAACUGACUUAUUAACAAUACAAUGCCAAAUAGUUUGUUGAAAUCUUGUCGAAUUUUGUCUAUUUUUACCUGAAAAUCCAAUCCAAUUUAUUACAGCAAUUCUUACAUGCUUUUAUCUGGAUUUUAUCUGUGUUCAUUCUCAUCGAAGAAAAUAUUUGGGUCAUGCUUUUCUCAGACAACCAGCAGAUGGCAUGGCUUUAAAUCUCAAUUUCACAAUGCCCAUGUCAAAGUGAUUUACUUUCUAAAAGUACGUCGUCAAAUUUCACAUAUGUGGGCUUCGGGAUACAUCCGUUAUGGGUGUUUUAAGUACUACAAUUUCCUCACAGAGGACUUGCAAAUGCAUCGGGUUUUCUCACCAGACUUUGCGUGUUACACAUAUUUCUCAAACAGGCUAAAUUGUGUUCAUCCAUUUAGGUAAGUUAAUUAGCUGACCAAUUUACAGGAAACCCCACACUGAAGAUUACGGGCGCGUUCCACGGUUGUGUUUCAUUUUUAAGACCUCAGUAAAUGACCCGCAGCACCUGCUCUGUGAUUGUAAGCAUUCAAAUUGUCUACGAACCCAGGUGCUUAUAGACUGUGUUAGUGCGCCA